AUGGACAGUCCAGCCCUAUCCACCUCCUUCGGGAUCCUGGGGGCGGUAUUCUGGUCCAUCCAACUCCUCCCUCAAAUCUGGCUCAACUAUAGACGUCACAAUGCCAUAGGUCUCCAGCCCACGAUGAUGAUGCUCUGGGCAUGGGCAGGAGUUCCCCUGGGGAUCUACAAUAUCGUACGGGACCUUAAUGUUGCUCUGCAGGUCCAACCGCAAAUCCUGACUGUACUGAGUCUUGUGACUUGGAUUCAAUGCUACUACUACGAGAACAAGUGGUCUCUGUGGAAAGCCGUAGGCGUUGUGGUCCCAGUUGCGGCUUUGAUGGCAAGUGUUGAGCUGGGACUGGUGUUCGCCCUCCGACAUGGGGUGGAAGGAGGAGUGGACUGGCCUGUGACGUUGAUGGCUGUACUUGCUGCGCUGUUGUUGGCGUUGGGGGUCUUGAGACAUUACUGGGAUAUCUAUGUACAUCGUACAGUUCGUGGUAUAUCCUUUAUCUUUGUCGGAAUUGAUGCUCUAGGGGACCUGGCUUCCAUUAUCUCUGUCCUCUUUGAAAAGCACCUGGAUGUCCUGGCUCUAGCUAUCUAUGGAGUGGAGCUGGCUUUAUGGACUGGCAUCUUUGCCGCCGGCGGUUACUACAACCUGGUCCCGUGGCUGAGGCAAAGUCGGGUGGGCAAAGCAAGCCAGCAUGAGCAGCCUCAGUCAGCCAUCGAAGCAAACGCAGUCAGGAUGCAUGAUCUGCCGUCGUCUACGUCUGUAUUCCGGACGCCAUCAUCAGAUCUGGAGCUUCGAUCUCGCAAGAUGCCAGCAAAUCUCGAGCCUUGA